CUAGGCCACCUUCCCAUUCACCAUCGCCUCCGUCUCGCGCACUCCAUCGCGAUGCUCGUUGUCAUCACUCACCAGAUUGCUUGCCUGGGCGUGCUGCAACAACAAAUCGCACGCCCACAGCCAUCUCGCAGCACCACCAUGCCGCUGUGGUCUUGCAUUGCGGCGUGUGACAUGAUGCACUCUGGUGGCUCGUCGACGAUCUCUUAUCUGGUCUCUUAUGCGCGUUUCUGAGGUUCGGUCCACAGCCUCAAUCGACAAGACGGAUCCGGAUUCGUCAGCACAGUCUUGUCGUGUAUGGAGGCUAUUGAUGUGUACAGGGUUUGUUUCGGAUGCUCCGUAGUGGGGAGUGUGAGGACGGAGGGACUGGCGGUAGGAAGAAUGUUUGAUACCCGCCUUUGUAACAUGGUUUCGGUGUUGAGCACCUGCACGUCCUCGCCUUGGGUUACGCCAGUCGGAACUGUGAGCGGUUACUCGCUUAGAAUUGAAUCACGUGCUAGUGUGUCUAAUUCUUGUUUUGGAAUUCGUUUUCCUCGACGUAGCCAUUCGAUAUGGAUCUUGCCUCCACCACAUUGUUCCAAGGGAGAUGGCGACGAGCACGAGGAGUCUUUCUCCGAGAGCUCUGAAAACUCGAGUUCCUGGCAACACAGUCAAGAUGACCUUGUGGGUCAUGGUGGUGUCGGAUCGCCACUGUCCAACUCACCAGAUGAAGCGGAGCUGAAUAGGUUGAGGCGAGAAAAUUCGGAGUUGCGAGGUUCUCUUGGAGAGUUGUCGAAGUCUCUUGCGUCGGUUUCUGCCGCUUUAUCUGAAGUCUCACGAGCUGUGCAGCUUGUGACUAUUGCAGUAGGCUACGGACGCCCGGCAGAUGGAGUUGAUUUGACAGAGGCUCCUCCUGCUGUAGAGAUGACCGAAAUUCCGCCUGAAAAGACAGCUGAACAAGAGCCACAACCGCUACCAACUGGCGCAGGAAUUCCAGAAAUUACAGAUAUCCCUCAAAUUGAAGAUCCUGUAGAGAGACAGCUAAUGGAGCAGAAUGUCAAGGCUCAUAAGAUAGCAUAUAAGAUCCAGCAAGUAUUUUUCCAGGCUCGAAUAGAAGGCUUAGGAAAACCCUUUCAGCUUGCGGCAGAAGAUUUUGUAACAAAUUGUAUGGAGGCACACACGAUGGGAAUUGGACUGAAAGAGCUACAGUUGCAGCUAAUUUUAUUAGAAGGGUCCCUUACAGGUGCAUUUUCGAUCCGGAAUCAACGAUACUCGGAUGAUCCAAUCAUGAGCGAGGAGAGUAGGCUGCGAUCCUCAUGGGUCCAACUUAUCUAUUCGACACUGGCUGAGGUCAAAGCAAGAAGGUCUCGGCUUGAGCCUGAAGCUAGCAAAGAGAGGGAAGAACCUGGCCCUUCAUAUGAUUUCGUCAAGCAAUUGGUGAUACUAGCAUUUGAGCAAGGCUACGAUAUUGAGCGUCUUAAACUUGAGCAGAAUAUGUCAGGCCCUUCAAUGUCGGGUGCGGUGAAAACCAUGCGGCAGUGCACUUACUUGGUUUUUCUAACGUUGCAAAAGGCAAUUAAUGAUGCCUUGUAAAUGGUUACUGCUGCUUCAGUGACCACUCUGUAACCUUGGUUGACUAAGAUGUUUGGUACUUAAGAACCAUUUUCGCUUGUAAUGCAGGCACUUCUUUUAAGACUGUUGAGGUAUGCUGUUCAUGUACUUAUCCUGCGGUUUGUGGUUUCACCAAGCUGUCCAAAAGUUAUAUCCACCGGUCCUAAGAUUCAAUUAGACUUGGUUACGUUUAACCCACUGGUUUCACGAUGUAUAAACGAAGAGAAAACUGCUAUGCUAGUUGAUUGAUUCUUUGCUUGGAGUGCACUCAGUUGCCCUCGUCAUGUAGUAAUUGUCUUUAUUACAGAGUUAUAAAUAUGUCAAAUAGACUUAUUUUACUCGUACAGGGUACAUUGUCUUGACCGUAUUUUGCAGAUACUCUUCCGUACCCAAAUUUGUGUCCUCCGGGACACUGUCAACGAGACACCUAGUAAACGAGUUUCAAACUCCAAUCAUGUUUGAUAUUUUCUUUCGGACAGCACAUUAUUAACUGAAGGCAUAAUGACUUGGCUCAAAUAAAGAGUGCUGAGCGCAUCUAUGAGGAUGGUACUGAGGGUAAAGGCGGUUAACUGACGACCUUGUCCAAGGCACUGAUCUAUCUGGUGUGAACAUACUUGGCCGUGGUCGUCACUGUGCAUCGAAUCAAGGAGUUGAUUUUGCACCAUUUGAGGAUUGAGUGCAGGUUAUGGCAGGAUUGGGUGCACUUUGUUGGGUAGUUAUCCGAGUCUCGAAGUUUUGUAGCAUGCCGAAAUGGGUACACACCAGGGGUGGAUCUUUUAAUACAUCGUUGCUAAAGUCA